GAGCAACCAGGAGGGAGUAUGUACUUUAAAGGCUGGACUGAAUCCCAAUCUGUGCUUGAAAUCUUUAAUUUGGGCGCCAAAUAUAUGCAUCGACUACCUCUGCCUUUAAAGCUAUUCUCUCAACCUAUUGAUUUGCCUUUAAAGCCAUUCUCUCAAUCUCACAUCAUCCUAAUCUAAGAUACUUUGAUUUGCAAAAGAAUUCUCUCUCAUCAAUCCAGGUAAGUUUUUCUUCGUUGGAUUUUUUUAGUAUUGCUACCUUCCUGCUUUAAAAUGGCAGACAAGAGCUCUCAAGGCAUGGCGGACAAGAGCUCUGAAGCCAUGAAUGUACGAUUUCUGAGAAAUACUAGAACUCAACGCAUCGUAUAUGCCGAAGCGGGUAAAGAGUUUGUCGAUUUUCUGUUUAGUUUUCUUUCCAUGCCCAUCGGUUCUAUCCUUAAAUUACUGUAUGCAUUGGAAUCCAAUAGGAAAAUUGGUUCUGUAUCCAAUCUGUAUGAUAGCAUGGAAAAAUUGCUUCUCAGUUUCUGAUCACGGAUAAAUCCCAACUGCUUGACCCCAAAUUUAUAACUCCCUACUUUAAUAACUCUCUCAGUAUUGAAGGUGGAAAUUAUUACGUUUGUAGUUACCUUAUCGGGAGGGGUGCUUCUGCUUCGUGGGGUUAUUAUGAUCAUGGCGGUAUGAACACAACUCACAAUAUGAGCACCAGCAACACAGAUAUAUGUAUCUGUGGAAAACCUAUCAACCACCUCGUUCAGCUGCGGCAGAAUACCAAUACCAGCGGAAGUAGCAGCCAAACUGCAGGGCAAGGGCGAGGGCAAGGGAACAGCGGUUAUGUGAAAGAAAUGCUUACAUUUAUAAUAACUGACGACUUGAAGAUAAAAGGGAGUUCAACUAUCACCAGUAUAACGUUACUCAAUCAGCUCAAUAUUAAAGAUUUGACAGAUCUUGAAGAGCGGACUGCAAUUGUUGAUCGCAACAAGGCACUGGAGAUUUUGGAGGCAUCUUUGAUUUCCACAACUGUGUUGAACGAUGUGUUUGGAGCUGAGUUUUCCCUCUCACACAAGGCGUGCGUAGAAGAAUGAGCUUUAUCAUGGAUGCCAUGAGACUAUAGUUGCAGAAAGUGAAGUGCAUCACGCUUUAAAAAAAUGGGAUUUAAUGAGCAAUCGUAAAAAUAGGAGUGAUUUGGUAGCAUAAGAUAGUUAUUUAAAAGCUUGUUUUCCAUGAUAGUAAGCUAUCUAUUUUGUAACUACAGCAAAAUGGUACAGUAGUAUGGUUUCUCCAUGUAAGGACUAAACAUGUCGUUUUCUAAUGAAUCUUUUCAUCCGUUGCUGUUCUAACUAUGGGUAGCUUGUAAAAUGUUACAUAUUCAAUAAUAUAAGUGUUGCUUAAAUAUAAA